AUGGCCAUCUUCGAAAAAGUCGGCAAGCUCCAGGCGCUGCUAGGCCCGGACGUGUCUAUCUUGACGGACCAGCAUGACCAGGCAUUCAUCGAGUACGCGAAGCGAUGGACUGACGUUGGCCGCAAAACACCGGCGGCUAUUGUUCUGCCAACUUCUGAGGAGGAGAUUCAAAGGACGGUGCAAUGGGCCGUGGAGUCAGCAGUGCCCUUCGUUACCAAGAGCGGCGGACAUAGCGAGUGGAGCACCAUCGAUCAAAGCGGCAUUAUCAUCGACCUCAGCAAGUACAGCGGCAUCGACAUCGAUGCGGUCGGCUGCAAGGCUACACUGCGAGGUAGCAUCGUAUCCAAGCAGGUGGCUGUUGCCUUGGCUGAGCAAGGGCUGUUUACCGCUCUGGGCAACGGCAACCCUGUUGGCGCGAUACCGUAUUUCCUGAAUGGCGGGGCAUCAGUCGUCACGUCUUGUGUAGGGUAUGGCUCAGACCAGAUCCUUUCCGCUCGCAUGGUCGACGCAAAGGGCGAGGUGCUCGAGGUUAGCGAAGAAAAAGCAGCAGACUUACUGUGGGCGCUACGAGGAGCUGGCCAGUACUUCGGAUUGAUCACGGAGCUUACGAUCCGGGUGUACCCAUUUGCCAGAUUGGGAAACGAGCAGGGGAUGAUAUGGAGCGGCAUGUUUGUCUUCCCCCUCGCGAGAGCGGCAGAAGUGGCGUCGGCAAUGGAGAAGCUAGCCGACGACAGCACGUAUGCUACUGCCGGACUGCUGAUGGUUAUGGCGCCACCGCCGCAACGCCAGCCGGCACUGGUGGUGGGUGCCCGUCUGACAGGUGACCCGGCGGAUGCGGCAAAGGCGUAUCAGCCACUAUACGAUCUGCAGCCACUUGUCGCCAAAGGUGGGCCUGUGCCGAUCCAAAAUGUCAGCGAUGGGCGCGAUGCCUUCAACGCAAAAGGCGACUUCAAGCGCUUCGCGACCGUCGGGCUCCGUCGCUUCGACGCCGCGGCUUUUCUGCAGGUGGUGGAGCUGUGGCAGGAGAUGGUGCGCGAGUGUCCGGAUGCCAUCAGUACCUCUUUCAAUUUCCAGUGGGACGCGCGACCGGCACCUGCGCCCGCGCUACCCACAGCUAGCAGUCUGCACGAUGUGCGCCUGUGGAUGAACAAUUUCAUCUGGCACACGGAUGUCGCCAACCGCGCAAAGGUCGACGCCUUUAGCGACAGAGCCAUUGCAGCCAUGCGCGGCCCGGACCACGCCGAGUACAUUGACUUCCAGAACGCGACCCGCAGCGGCCCGCUGGCGCUAUCGUUCCGUGACGUGGGCAAGCUAUCGAAGCUUAGGGCGCUUAAACAGAAGUGGGACCCCAGUGGUCUCUUCACAACCCGGCUGCUGGAAUAG